AUGGCGCCGCCGGGGGGCGGCGGGCAGCUGCGGGAUGGGGACGGGGAUGGGGAUGGCGACAGGGACAGAGCCACUGCAUCGGGCAUGCGGCGCUUCACCUGGGAGGAGAUCGGGCAGCGGAACGGGCGGGGGCCGGCGCCGCAGGAGCGCUGGCUGGUGAUCCACAGGAAGGUGUACGACAUCAGCCGCUUCUACCGGAGACACCCGGGAGGGGCCCGGCUCCUCGUCAGCCACGCCGGGCAGGACGCCACGGAUGCCUUUGUGGCAUUCCAUGUUGACAAGGUGCUGGUGAGCAAGUACUUGAAGCCUCUGCAGAUUGGGGAACUGGCACCCGACCAACCCAGCAUUGAGCCCACUAAAAAUGAAAUGCUGGUGAAAGAUUUCUGGGAAUUGCGCACUACAGUCGAGAGAAUGGGACUCCUGGAGCCAAACCAGCUCUUCUUCUUCCUGCUCCUGGCUCACAUCCUGCUCCUGGAUACAGCUGCCUGGCUCAUCCUCUUCUACUUUGGGACAUCCUUACUGCCCUUCGUUUUCUCCCUGCUGCUGCUGACCAUUUCCCAGGUCCAGGCCUCCUGGUUACAGCACGAUUUAGGACACCUCUCAGUAUUCAGGAAAACCAAGUGGAACCACUUGCUACACAAGUUUGUGAUGUGCCAUUUGAUUGGGGCCUCUGCCAAGUGGUGGACUCUCCUGCACUCCCAGCACCAUGCCAAACCCAACUGCUUCCACAAGGACCCUGACAUUGAUAUGCACCCUUUCCUCUUCACUUUGGGGAAGAAAUUCUCUGUGGAGCUUGGGAUCAAAAAGAAAAAAUACAUGCCCUACAACCACCAACACAAAUACUUCUUCAUCACUCUUCCUCCGCUCCUGUUCCCCACCUACUUCCACUGCCACACAUUCUACAUUGCCUACACAAAGAAGUACUGGGCGGACUUGGCCUGGAUGCUGACCUUCUACAUCAGAUUCUUUUAUACUUAUGGAUCUUUAUUAGAAACAAAGAGUCUCCUGGCAUAUUAUUUUAUAUUCAGGAUGCUGGAGAGCAGCUGGUUUGUCUGGGUCUCACAGAUGAACCACAUCCCAAUGGAUAUCGACUACGACAAGAAUUUGGACUGGGUGUCUACUCAGCUCCUGGCAACCUGCAAUGUGGAACAGUCACUGUUCAAUGACUGGUUCACAGGACACCUCAACUUCCAGAUAGAGCAUCACCUUUUCCCUACAAUGCCACGGCACAACUACUGCAAGGUGGCCCCUCUGGUGAAGUCCCUGUGUGCCAAGCACGGCCUCGAGUACCAGUGCAAGCCUCUGCUCACAGCCUUUGCAGACAUCGUGCACUCCCUGAAGACCUCGGGAGAGCUCUGGCACGAUGCCUACCUGCACAAAUAA